AGGACUUUGUGAAAUUGCGGCUAUGUCAGUACAGGUUGUUGCGGCGAAAAUGGCAGAGGUUGACCUGAAAGACGUCCCUUGUAAAGACCCAGCACCUGUCUCUCCGGUGACACCAAAGACCGAGGAUAAGGGGAUGAUAAAAAACGACAUAAAUGCCACUGCUGCCGCUUCGUCCGCGGCACUUGCGACGGACCCUGCGAGAGGGGACCCCAACAUGAGCCCUUCUCUGAGCCCGAACCCCGGGAAGAUGCCGCAGGCGUCCGCUAUGAAACGGCCAGAUCCGCAGCAGAACGGCGGAGAAUCUUUCGUAAAUCGAGACGGUACUGUGGCCGAAGCCCCGAGGAUGAAAAAGCAAAUCCAGUUCGCCGACCAGAAGCAGGAGUUCAACAAGCGGCCCACCAAGAUCGGCCGGCGCUCGCUGUCCCGCUCCAUCUCGCAGUCCUCCACGGACAGCUACAGCUCAGCCGCCUCCUACACGGACAGCUCCGACGACGAGACUUCCCCCCGCGACAAGCAGCAGAAGAACUCCAAGGGCAACGGAGACUUCUGCAUCAAGAACAUCAAGCAGGCUGAUUUUGGGCGCAGGGAGAUCGAGAUCGCUGAGCAAGAGAUGCCUGCUCUUAUGGCCCUGAGGAAGAGAGCUCAGGGAGAGAAGCCUCUGGCUGGUGCCAAAGUGGUCGGGUGUACCCAUAUCACUGCCCAGACCGCUGUGCUGAUGGAGACUCUGUCCGCGCUGGGCGCUCAGUGCAGGUGGGCCGCCUGCAACAUCUACUCCACCCAGAACGAAGUGGCGGCCGCCCUGGCCGAGGGGGGCUUCUCAGUCUUCGCCUGGAAAGGGGAGUCGGAGGACGACUUCUGGUGGUGCAUCGACCGCUGUGUUAAUCUGGAAGGCUGGCAGCCCAACAUGAUUCUGGAUGAUGGGGGAGAUCUGACUCACUGGAUCUAUAAGAAGUACCCCAAUAUGUUUAAGAAGAUAAAGGGCAUAGUGGAGGAGAGUGUCACUGGAGUUCACAGGUUGUACCAGCUGUCCAAGGCUGGCAAGCUGUGUGUCCCCGCCAUGAACGUCAACGACUCCGUGACCAAGCAGAAGUUCGACAAUCUGUACUGCUGCAGAGAGUCCAUCUUGGACGGCCUCAAACGCACCACGGACGUGAUGUUUGGAGGGAAGCAGGUGGUGGUGUGCGGAUAUGGAGAGGUUGGAAAAGGCUGCUGUGCUGCUCUGAAGGCCAUGGGCUCCAUUGUGUACGUCACUGAGAUCGACCCCAUCUGCGCCCUGCAGGCCUGCAUGGACGGCUUCAGACUGGUGAAGCUGAAUGAGGUCAUCAGACAAGUGGACAUCGUUAUCACCUGUACAGGCAAUAAGAACGUGGUGGUCAGGGAAUACUUGGACCGCAUGAAGAACGGCUGUAUUGUCUGCAACAUGGGGCACUCCAACACUGAAAUUGAUGUGGCCAGCUUGCGCACUCCGGAGCUCACCUGGGAACGCGUGAGGUCACAGGUGGACCACGUUAUCUGGCCCGACGGCAAGAGAAUCGUGCUGCUGGCAGAGGGUCGUCUCCUCAACCUGAGCUGCUCCACGGUGCCCACGUUUGUGCUGUCUAUCACUGCCACCACCCAGGCUCUGGCUCUAAUAGAGUUGUACAACGCUCCCGAGGGCCGCUACAAGCAAGACGUCUACCUGCUGCCCAAGAAAAUGGACGAGUAUGUAGCAAGCCUUCACCUUCCGACGUUCGAUGCACACUUAACUGAACUGACGGACGAGCAAGCAAAGUACCUGGGCUUGAACAAGAACGGGCCCUUUAAGCCAAAUUACUACAGGUAUUAAUUCUGAGGAGAAGGCAAACCCUAAAGAGCAUCAGACUCCCCCUCCAUUCGAGCAAGGCGAGGGAGGUAGCUGAGGUUUUUCGGGGCUGCUGCAGAUGUGGGAAGCUUGCCUGGCCGGCCGGCCGGUGCGCACGGAGGGGCAGGUUUAUUUAUUUAAGCUUACUAAAGAACACUGUACUCUAACCCGGGGCGCGACGUCCCACCCCCCACCCCCCCCCCCCCAGGGCGGUCUCCUGGG